AUGUAUGGGGACCAGGGCAACAAGCUGGUCCAGCAUGCCAAACGAACCCAAAACUUAACGUACUUGCCAUCUUACCAGACCGAAAUCGUCCGCGCCGUGACACGCGAAGUGAGGGACCUGGACAAAGAUGUGGCAGAACUUCUCGAACCAUUCCAAGGCUCAUUCGACCCCAGCGCCGACCAAGCGAUCGCCUGUACACUGCUGGUGAAUCAUUUAUCGAUGCGAAGGAAUAAGCGAUGCCUGCUUGCAUAUCACCGGACACGAACGGACAAGCUGGAAGAGCUUGUGUGGAACGGAUCAGACGUGGUUGAUCUGUCUGGCCAGCAAGCGCAAAAUAGUACAGGCGUCUCCGGCGCGGGAGGCAACGAUGCUUCGAAGAGCAGCCUGAGCCCACAAGAGGAGGAGUACGUCCGACAGUAUAGCGAUCUGUUGGCGGCCUACAAGGGCCAGUGGACAGAUAUCGAUCUCACGGGUAGCCUGGAGCCGCCGCGAGACCUGUUUAUUGAUGUUCGAGUGCUCAAAGAUGCGGGUGAAAUCCAGACAGAGUACGGGGCUAUUACAUUGACCAAGAACAGCCAGUUCUAUGUACGCCAAGGAGACGUUGAGAGACUUAUUGCCCAAGGAUAUUUGCAUAAGCUUGGAUAG